AGACUUUGUUCAAAUGCAGAGAAGGAUUUGACUUCUAAGAGAUUAGCAUUUGAAGAUGAGAGGAACCAGUAUGCUAUGGCAAAUCGUUCAUCACCUGCAUCAUCUGUGGAUGAGAUUCAACAAGAAAUUUCUGAAGUCCAACAUGAAAUACAAAAGAAGAAAGAGAUGUUGAAGGAAUGUGAGGACAGGAUGAAUGAAGCAGCAGCGAAGGAAGAUCAGCUUAAAAUAUCAUUUAAAGAACUAUGUGCAUCGACACAAGACGAGAUCAAUGCCCUUGAGAAAGCGGAGAAUGAACUAAUGCAGAUUGAACAGGACUUGCAUUCAGCAGAAGAGGAGAAGGCUCAUUAUGAUGGGAUCAUGCAACGCAAGGUACUCCCAGAUAUCAAGGAGGCAGAGGCACGCUAUAUGGAGUUUAAGAAGCAACGGGAGGAAUACAACAAAAAGGCUUCUAUAAUUUGUUGUGAGGAUGAACUUCAAUCUUUAGGAGGUUGUGAUGGCGGUACCCCAGAGCAACUCAGUGCACAGAUAGAAAGACUAUCUCAGAGGCUCAAGCGUGAGAGCCAAAGAUACACAGAAUCACUAGAUGAUCUUAGGACGCUGUGUGAGAAAAAAGAACGCAAGAUUAUGAGAAAGCAGCAAGCUUACAAAGCCUAUCGAACAAAGUUAGAUGCUUGCCAGAGAGCCUUGGAAUUACGAAGAAACAAGUUUCGCAGAAAUGCAACUUAUUUGAGGCGUUUGUUGUCUUGGAAAUUCAAUGCCCAUUUGGGAAGAAAAGGAUUCAGUGGAGUUAUCGCAGUCAAUUAUGAAGAAAAAACCCUUUCAAUCAAGGUGCAGAUGCCUCAAGAUGCAUCAGGGUGUGCUGUUCGUGACACUCGAGGCCUUUCAGGCGGGGAGCGUUCUUUUUCAACAUUAUGCUUUACACUGGCCCUUCAUGAUAUGACAGAAUCCCCUUUCCGCGCAAUGGAUGAAUUUGAUGUUUUUAUGGAUGCGGUCAGUCGAAAGAUCAGCUUGGACACUCUUGUGGAUUUUGCUGUGGAACAAGGAUCGCAGUGGAUAUUUAUUACCCCACACGAUAUUAGUAUGGUAAAGCAGGGAAACAGGAUUAAGAAGCAGCAAAUAGCAGCUCCUCGUUCUUGAUCAUCAUCUGU